CGUCAGUUGCUUGCAUAUACUGCUGCAUUGAACCUGCUGAUGGUGACAACAAAGCAAAUUUGACAUGAUGCUCACCGUACCUCACGCAGGAAUUAUUAUAUUAUUUGCUUGGUUGUCUCCAUGUAAUGCUCUCUAUUUUCACAUUGGAGAGACUGAGAAAAAAUGCUUCAUAGAGGAAAUUCCCGAUGAAACUAUGGUUAUUGGGAAAUACAGGACCCAGCUGUGGGACAAGCAGACGGGAUCUUUCCUCCCAGCCACCCCUGGCCUCGGAAUGCAUGUGGAGAUCAAGGAUCCUGAUACAAAGAUAAUCCUCUCCCGGCAGUACGGGUCCGAUGGGCGUUUCACCUUCACUUCCCACACGCCAGGCGAGCAUCAGAUCUGCCUGCACUCCAACUCAACCAAGAUGGCCCUCUUUGCAGGAGGCAAACUGAGAGUGCACCUGGACAUUCAGGUUGGUGAGCAUACCAACAACUACCCUGAAAUCGCAGCAAAAGACAAGCUCACAGAGCUGCAGUUAAGAGCUCGACAAUUACUAGACCAAGUAGAACAAAUUCAGAAGGAGCAAAACUACCAGCGGUAUCGCGAGGAGCGUUUCCGCAUGACAAGCGAGAGCACCAACCAGCGCGUGCUUUGGUGGUCUAUUGCUCAGACAGUCAUCCUCAUCAUCACUGGAAUCUGGCAGAUGAAGCACCUCAAGAGCUUCUUCGAGGCAAAGAAGUUGGUGUGAUGCCCGCAGGAUUACGCCGGCAGAUGGGAUGUAACAUAUGUGCAGCGCGGCCUAGUGGACAGACAUGGUUUUGUUGUGACUAGUAGACACUUAAACCAAGGAAGCAAAUGGAUUGCGACCAUCUGGUGUGUUUUACUAUAGUCCGUUAUUCAUUUUUCUUAAAUUAUUUCUAAAGAGUAAGCUGCACCUAAUUGUCAAAAUCCUUGUCUUGUUUUGUAUGAACUAAUUUUGGACAACAUAUAAAGGGACACAUGUUCCUAAGUUAACAAACUACAUUUUAAUUUCAACUUGAGACUGAGCAGUACCUGAUAAUGAUCAGUAAUGUUUUGCAUACAUUUGAUCUUUCUCUGUACUGCAUAACUAUUGGUUUAUUUAAAGAUUUAAUUUUUAAUAUACCAGUAUAUGAUUUUAACAACUAUUAACAGGUUUAGCUCAGUAACAACCUGUUAAUUUCCAAAAAAACAUUUCAAGAGCAGAUUGGCAUGCAAUUCCUUAACAUCUUCUGAAGAGUGCCAUCAAGGCAUUAUUUAGAGUACCAGUCAAAUAUUUGGGCUUCCUUAUCCAUUGAUUUGAAUGAGUAAGUCCUGAUGUUUUACUGGUACUGUAUGUAUUUCUACAGUUUGGUCGAGUCCACUCUUAUUUUUAAAGACCAUUGAAACAAUUGCUUAUUACAUAAAAAAAAUGUUUUAUGUUGAAAUACUCAAAAGUUGUUUUAAACCGAUUUAUGAUUUUCAUUACAAUCUAGAUGGGUGUAAGAUAGUUGAAGUAAAAUGAAUGAUAUCGUCUGUAGUCCCCAGUAACUGAAACAGUGUGUUUUGGGGGAAUUCAACCUAGCUUCUGUUUCCCCUGUAAACUAGAUGUGGAACUGAACCCAUUUCAUUACCACCUGAUACUUCAGGUUAAUAAUGAGGUAUGCAUUUACAUAUGUUGGUCUUAAUUUGUAAGUAUGAAAUGUAUUUCAUGGCUGUCAAUUUAAUCCACUUUAAAAACAAAAAGUGUUUUGUUUGUUUAUGGUACACACAAUUGCAUUUCCCAAACAGGAAAGAAAAUAAACCAAUUCUUUAAAUAAUU